GUCUAUGCCUUUGGGGAGGCGCCCUGGGACCCGGAGCUGAUGCAGCCCUGCUACCGGGAGACCGUGCGCAGCCAGGGACGCCUGGCGCAGUUGGCGGCGCCCUUCGGCUUCCUGGGGACACAGAGCCUGGUGUUUGGGGCCCAGGACCUGGUGCAGCAGCUCCUGGCCGACGCCGUGGCCACCUUCCUGCAGCUGGCCGAUCAAUGUCUGACCUCGGCUCUGGGCUGCGACCAGGCUGCGCUGCAGCUGGAGAGGGUUGGGGCGCGUGUGCUGAAGAAGUUCGAGUCGGAUGGCCGGGCGGCCCAGAGGGGGUUCGCCCGGGACGGGCUGAUGGGCAUCUUCCUGCCUUUCGUACUGAGCCAGCUGCAGCCCAGUGCCCAGGAGCUGCGUGAGCUCGAGGGGGCCGUCCUCGCCGCGGGCAGCCAGGCCCUGACCGCGGAGGGCGUGUAUGAGGACGUCGUCAGGGAGCUCCUGCUGCAAAGGAUCGACCGAGAACUGGAAAAGGCCCUUGGGGCCAGUGACACGUCCUGCGGUCUGGCUGACUGCCCAGAGGCCCCAGGGGACCAGGAGGGAGCAG